AAGUGACCCGGAAUGGCAGAAUGGAGGAAAUAGGAAUAAAAAUAUAGACUCCUCUCAAUCAGUCAUCCCCCUUAAUUCUAAUUUUGAAGGAGGCACAAAAAUACCAAUCACAUAACUGGGACACGCGUCAGACGCCCAACAGCCACAGCACACAGUCCCAUUCUCUCUCUCUCUCUCUCUCUCUCUCUCUGUCUCGCCGAAACACGUUCCCAGAGGGCAGAAAGAAGGCAGAAGCCCUUUGCAUCUUCUCUCUCUCUCUCGCUCUGUGACCUCUGUCUCUGGAUGUAUAUGCACAGCGCAUUUAUCUCCAUGUACAAAAACAUACCCAAACCCUAGAGGGAGAGUCUACUGGGGUUAGAGAGAUAGACAGUGUCGGUGGUGGGAUCGAAUUUCUCUCUCGAACUCUCUCUGUGUGUAUCCACAAAUGCCCGAGAUACAGCCGUCAGCAGAGAAUCAGCUAAACGGCGUCGGAGCUGUGGCGGUGGUUUCUUCAGAGGCCUUCGGAUCGAAGCGCCAGCGGAGGCCCAGCGUCCGAUUGGGCGACAUCGGGGGCGAUCAGCCGUACGAGUCGCACAUGCGGAGGAGCGCCACCACCGCCACCAUCACCACCUACAACAACAACAGCAACAAGCAGUGGAAGCUGGCGAUGAAGGACCCAAACAACAACAACAACAACAACUCCAGUAUUGGCUCAGGUAAAGCCUCCAAGACUCGACCUUUGUUUCAUUUGAGCUCUGCCGAAACCCUAGACGGGGAGGACAAAGAGGGAAACUUAGAUAGUGUUGCAAUUGGAAGCUGGAAGGUAAAGGAUUCCAAGAAAAGAGCCUCCACGGCUAAAAGGGUUCGAUCCAAUUGGGUUUCCAGGGUUGAUGAUGGUGGCGGUGGUGUUGUUGUUGGUGUUGAAGGGGAUGACAAAUAUAGCGGCGGUGAGGAUAUCGAUGAUGGGUAUCGGGAUUUUGAUGCCGAAAACUCUGAAAGUCCAUCGAAAGAGCAAAGCCCGAUUCAUUCCCUUGAGAAUUUGGGUGUGGACUUGGAUGGGCAUGGAAAUGAGAGAGAUUUGCUUUACAGGAGAACCAUUAGGGGUAGGGGAGUGGUUUCCGAGGGCCCCCAUGAUGGGGUGGAGUUAUCGGGGCCGUCAGAUACGGAUUGGAAAUGUGGGACGAGUGGUGGUGAUAGGCAUGGGAACGGGAAUGGAAGAGAAGAUGCGGUGAGGAUUUGGCUCAACGGCUUAGGGUUAGGUCGGUAUGCACCGGUGUUCGAAAUCCAUGAGGUUGACGACGAAGUUUUGCCCAUGUUGACAUUAGAGGAUCUCAAGGAUAUGGGAAUCAAUGCCGUCGGGUCUAGAAGAAAAAUGUAUUGUGCAAUUCAAAAGCUUGGAAAGGGGUUUUCCUGAGUUUAAUGUUCUUUCUGCGCAUGUGUAUUGGUGAAUGUAGGAAAAUUCUCAGCCAUGGCAGUGUAAGAUUACAUCUGAACCAAUUUGAGCCUUUUAGUUUCUUUCCUCUUGACUCUUGAGAGAUAGUAUGAUUAGGUUGUUUAGUGUUUCUUGUUUGCACUGUCAGCCUUUUUAAUCAAGUGCAAUUUUCUGGUA